AUUUAUUUUGAGAUUUCAGAAGUUCUGUUGAAGAAAAAGAGAUUUUCAUUUUUUCUAUCAUUGGAAGUAGCUUUCUGGAGUAGUUUUCCUAUUUUUAUUUCCUUUUUAAGUGUUUUAGAUUAUGCCUGGUUUCACCCGGGUCGAUGCUUGAAAAAUUAGGGGAUUUGCUGGUAUAUGGAAUAAGUCAGUUAAUUUAGUGAAAAUAAUGCCAGCAUAAAUGUAAUUUGUGGAAAUUUUCUGGAAUUUAUUGGAAGUAGAAGUGUAAAUUAUGAAAGUAGAGAAGAUUAGUAAAAUAAUGUUCGAAUGCAUUUAAUUUGUUAAGAGUAAGUGAACUCGGGUUAAAAUAAACGGAAACGAAGAAAGUGGAGGUGUAAUUUGUGAUCACAUACGGAAUAUCUGACAGAUUUGAUGGGACAUAUGGAUGUAGCUAUUUGAUUAAUGAAAACAUUUCAAAACCUGUUGAAUUUGUGAAAUAUACCUUAUUGAAGCGUUAUACAAAGAAAAGGCAAUGGCGGAACUAGCGGCGUUAUUUGUUAAACUUGUCAGUGUAUUUUGUGGAAAUAUGUUGAUACGCACUAAAUUUUACAAUAUAUGGUGGAAAUGGUGGUUAGAGCGACGGAGAAACGAUUUGGUUGUGUAACUUCUGAAAAUAUAUAAACAUGUUAAUUAGAAAGAUCAAAUCUGUUAAGUACUGAAGUCAUUUGUGGAUAUUGCGGGAAAUUUUGUGGUUUUAGUCCUGAUUAGUGCAAAGCUUGCAAAGGAAAUGGAGAAUCGGUGAAGAAUCGGGAGGAAACCAUAGAAAAAUAAGGGCAUGGAAUAAGCUUUGAGAAUGUUUAUUUUAAUAAAGUAGUGAUAAAAAUUAAAAAUUCUGCAUUUCUUAGCUUAUGGGGACGGUUGUAUAGAGGUAAUGGUGGAAAAAAAUUGCCCGAUGAGGAGAAAGUUCCAAGGAAAUUUGCAUGUUCCAAGGAAAUGAUGCCAGUAACUUCCUUAGAAAUGUAAUUUCGAAGGAAUUUAAUUAUAUAGUUAAAACAAGGGAAAAGAUGGAAGGGUCUCAUUUGCCAAAAAUGUUGAAUUUCUUGUUUAGACUGGAAACGGUGGUAUAAUUUGUUAAAUUUUGUCGAAACUCUGGUUGAAACCAUCGAAAAGAUGAAAGUUGUGAAAUGAUUUGUUGAACGAAGGAAAAUUUGAGACUUCUAGAUAUUAAGGAAUGGUUGUCGGAUAAGUAAGGAAUUGAUAAGCAAACAGGAUGAAAAAUCUAAAGUGAAAUGCCCGAGAAUGGAAUUGAAUACCAACUAUAAGGUAAGAAAAAGAGCAGGUGGAGCAUUAUAGCAUGGCAAAGACCGGGGGGGAAUGAUAAUAAAAAUGUGAAAUGGGUUUCCAGAGUACGAAAUUAGUGAAUAACGGUGAUGUGAGAAAACUAGCAAGUGAAUUAUUCUAAUGGAUGGACAUAACAGAUUAUUAUUAAUUACUUAUUGGUUAAAUAUUAAACAUCAUUUUGAAGUGUACCGGUUUGGAAUUUUGUGGCAAACAAUCAAAAGAUAUAGGGCUUUGCUGGAAUUAUAUGGAAAUUUUGAGGGAUAUCAUAUGCGGUAAAUGGUAUUAUGCUACGAUUUAGUAAAACUUAAUAAUUAUUUAAAUAUAUAUGUAUAUAUAUAAAAAUUCAGCUUUUGAGGUGAGUAUUCUGAGAAGAACGAGGCUUUGGCAAGGUUUUUAUGUAAAUCUGGAGGGAAAGUACUUGAAAUGUCUGAUAGAGUAGAACAAUCUAAAAAUGGAAUUUCAGUUUUAAAAUCCUGAAGACUUUUAACUCUGCAGUUUAAAGGCGAGGAUUCUGAGAAACUCUCUUGGGGCCGCGGACUGCGAAGCUGUCUGUAGGAAUUGUGCUUUGUUGAAAUUCUUAAUUUUGGUAUUUUAGCCAAAAGAGGAAGCUGCUUGGAGCAAGUUUGGAAUACGAAAUUACAAGAGGGAUAUCUUGGUCAAUCUGAUCCAAAAGGAUUCCAAAUGCAAUUCUCUCAGUACAGUAUAGAUACAGACAAGAUGCCUCAAAUUCAGCAGAGGACAAAUAAUCUGGAUUUUACGGGUGUUGAUUAUAAAACCUCAGUGGGCAAUGCUGAUGUUAAGGCAUCAAUGGAAACAGGGCUGUCAAAUAAUUUCCAGGGUUCGACAGGAUUGAUUCGUUAUCAUUCUGCACCGAGCUCAUUUUUUUCAAGUCUAGAAGAAGAGGAAAAUAAUAACAUCAUAUCACAUUAUUUCUCUAAUAAUUCUUCACCUCCACUGCAAUCUAGACCUAAAACAAUGCAACAGAACCAGCCAAGUAUAUCGAUGUCUCAUUCUGGGGAGAGCAAGCUUGCAAAGAAUUGUGUAGAAUCCAAUGAUUAUUCGAAAGGGAGUACGCAUAAACUUGCUUUUCUCAAUAGAAAGGCUGUAGCUGCCAUUAGAGAAGAUUUGCGGAAUCACCAUCAUCUUGUUGCAAUUCCUGAGAAUGGACCUGAGGUAUCCAAUGACACCUUUGGCGCCUCUCAAAUGUCAUUAGGGAUCCAAGCUCAAGUUUCUCAGCCAGGUAGGCAGCAGAUUCAGUCGUACCAAUCAAAUCCAGAUACCCACGAUUCUCUCAUUGCUGGUUGCUCAAUGUCGAAGAGUACCCUUAUUCGACACAGUAGCUCCCCAGCUGGACUACUUCCUGGAUCACUAGGUUAUGCAGAUGAAGAAAUCAGUUGCAGCAUGGAUUUAGCAAGUUCCUGUGGGGAUAUCCCUGCCCCAAACAGAGUUCAAAGCCACAUGAGUUGUUUGCAGCGGAAUGGCUCUUCCUCUGGGUUAUUAUCCCAAUGCUCAACAAACAUGAGUGUGCCGGGAAUUGGCGAGAGGCUGAACAUGGCUAUGGUUGGCUCUUUCGCAAGAAAUCAAGCAGGGAAGAAUUCUGACGAUUAUAGCUUAGGAAACGGGAAUGUUCUACAGGGAUACACUUCGAAAUCUCCCGUUGGGUCAUGGGAUGAUGCAACCACGCCUGCUGAAAAAUAUGCUGCCGUGCAAACUGGUACAAGCUCGGCUGUGAGAAAGCGUUCAAUCGAAUCUAAUGGGAAAAGGAUUAUUCAAGAUCUGAAUAGUGCAGUCGCACAUGCCCAGGGAGAGACAGGAAAUCUGGGUGCAUCUGCAGUAAUCUAUGUCCCAAAUAAUUUACCAAGAUCUAUAUCUGCAGAACUUGCCAUGGACGAUCUCCUGCAAGAUUCUGUUCCCUGUAGGCUUCGUGCAAAACGAGGCUGUGCAACUCACCCACGAAGCAUUGCUGAGAGAAUGCGAAGAACACGAAUCAGUGAAGGAAUGAGGAAGUUGCAGGAACUCGUGCCCAAUAGUGACAAGCAGACUACAAAUAUCUCUGACAUGUUAGACGAAGCCGUUUUAUAUCUGAAGGUCCUACAGAAACAAGUUCAGGAAUUUAGGGAAAAGGAAGCAAAGUGCACAUGCAUACAUAAACCAGAUUGUGCCUUCAAAUCAUAAUAUUUUUCUGAAUAACAGUCACGGAUCAUCAAAGCAGAAUAUUUUUAAUAUUGUUAUUAAUAUUCCUUUUAACAUAUGGUCUUGAUCUGGAGCAUAUCCUGAUUUCACACAUCAUAUAAAUGUUCUCUUUGAGAGUGACAACUUUGUUACUUGUAUUAAAAGUCUUCGCUAUGCAAUCGAGAUCUUUGGUAUGCUUCUUUAAUGAUUUAAAGAGACUCAAGUGCAUACUGGCAAGGCAGCAGAUGGUUAUCGUGAAACUUUAUUGUCCGGAAAAGGAAACCCUGACAUCCAAUAUUACAUCUAGACGGUCAUUUUUAAGCCAAGAAUGUAACUGUUCGGUUCCCAGAGAAAAAUCAGUAGUCCCUGUGAUUUGAAUUUGUCGACAAGUCAAUAUAUAUUAGCUUACUGUAAACUAAGUGAAUAUAUGCUUCACUUUUGUUCAGGAACUUUUGGCUCUGUACAGUGUCUCUUAAGAUGCCUUUAAUGAAAAGGCAUUUUUGUAAGCUAUAAAACACUAAAUUGUGGAAGGUACUCUGCUCAAUUCUCUUUGAGGACUGGAAUGAGUUCUUUUAGUUGUAAGUUGUAAUCUCCCAACUUUAGGUAAUAAAAAGUAUAAUUUAUUAUUUUUUA